CGUAAUCUCCAUGCCCCACAAUCGUGACUCUCUCGUUCUGGGCCCCCACCAUUAACGAGCAAGUUAACAGAAAAGCCAACUUACAAUAAGAAGUUAUCGAGCCACAAGCACAGCGCAAACAAUGUCAGGCCACAGCCAUUCACACGAAGGCGGAGCAUCCCACUCUCAUGCCGCCGCAGACCAUGGCCACACGCACGAGAUCCUCGAUGGACCGGGCUCCUUCCUGAGACGUGAAAUGCCCAUUAUAGAAGGUCGAGAUUGGAAAGAUCGAGCUUUCACUGUUGGGAUUGGCGGACCCGUCGGCUCAGGCAAAACAGCCCUCAUGCUCGCCCUCUGCCUCGCCCUGCGAGAAAAAUACAACAUCGCAGCCGUAACAAACGACAUCUUCACCCGUGAAGACUGCGAAUUCCUCACCCGUCACAAAGCUCUCCCUGCAGAACGCAUUCGGGCCAUUGAGACAGGAGGUUGUCCUCACGCUGCAGUUCGCGAAGAUAUUUCGCAAAAUCUUGCAGCGUUGCAAGAUUUGCAGAAGGAGUUUCAAACUGACCUUUUGUUGAUUGAAUCCGGAGGCGAUAAUUUGGCGGCGAAUUAUUCGAGGGAGUUGGCGGAUUAUAUUAUUUAUGUGAUUGAUGUUAGUGGAGGGGAUAAGAUUCCGAGGAAGGGAGGGCCGGGGAUUACGCAGAGUGAUUUGUUGAUUGUGAAUAAGACGGAUCUGGCGGAGUUGAUUGGGGCGGAUUUGGGGGUGAUGGAUAGGGAUGCGAGGAAGAUAAGAGAGGGUGGGCCAACGAUAUUUGCCCAGGUGAAGAAUGGGAAGGGUGUAGACCAGAUUGUGGACCUCAUUUUGAGUGCAUGGAGGAGCUCAGGCGCUGCCGCGACCACGAGCAAUCCCAACAAGUGAGGUGCAGGCAGUAGGAGAGUGUAGAUGGUCACGCCGCUGUACGGAACAGCCUCGCAGGCAGAUUCCAGGCACAGUCUUUGGCAGAAGAAACAUGUACUCGUGCCUCAGUCAGUGCUCUGCGGCAAGUUCUUGUCCGGAUCUAAUUCAGAAAGCAGUGAAGCCUCUAUCAUUCCG